AUGGCUCAGAUGGAUAACUUGAAUUUCUACAUGUCUGUUCGUCAAGAGAGACUUUUCCUAUCAAGUAAAACUGGAGACAACGUGACUCUGCGAUGUUUCUAUGAAGGAGAUGCAGUGAUGCUUUACUGGUAUAAGCAAACUUUGGGACAGGAACCAAGGCUCAUCUCUACCUCCUACAAGCAUGGCAUGGAUGGCACUUUUUACAAUGAAUUCCAGAGGGAUCCACGCUUCACACUGGUUAAUGUAAAAGGUAAAACUCACCUAAAGAUAACAGAUCUGCACAUUUCAGAUUCAGCUACUUACUACUGCACAAGUAGCUAUUUAUACACGUUAGAAUUUGCAGGGGGUGCUACCAUCUAUGUAAACCACUCAGGUUUGAACUUCCAAACUUUGGUCCAGCAGUCAACAUCUAAGACCAUCCAACCGGGAGACGCUGUGACUCUGAACUGUACAGUACAUACUGGGACCUGUGAUGGAGAACACAGUGUUUACUGGUUCAAAACUGAAGAAGAAUCUUAUCCAGGACUAUUUUACACCCGUGGAGGCAGGGAUGAUCACUGUGAAAAGGAACUCAACACACAAAUGCACAUCUGUGUCUAUAACCUGCCAUUAAAGAGCCGCAAUCUGUCUGAUGUUGGGACCUACUACAGUGCUGUUGCCUCAUGUGGACACAUUCUGUUUGGAAACGGGACCAAGCUGGACUUUGAGGGUAUGUCACAUUCUUGA